CUUCUCCCUCCCCCCUGCAGCUAGCAUCUCUCUCCUUCUCCUCUCUCCCCUCCAAGCUCCAUUUCCGGUUUCCCACGUUGUGUAGGGGGCUUUGAAGACGCACAAAAAUGGCGAACUCUGCAUCUGGUCUGGCUGUGCACGACGACUGCAAGAUCAAGUUCUCGGACCUGAAGGCGAGACGAAGCUUCAGGUUCAUCGUGUUCAAGAUCGACGAGAAGUCGAUGGAAAUCAAGGUGGAGAGGCUCGGUGAGACCAGUUACGGCUACGAAGAAUUCACAAACAUCCUCCCAGCUGACGAGUGUCGCUAUGCUGUCUAUGACCUCGACUUCGUAACCGACGAGAACUGCCAGAAGAGCAAGAUCUUCUUCUUCUCCUGGUCUCCUGACACGGCAAGAACAAGGAGCAAGAUGCUUUAUGCGAGCUCCAAGGACAGGUUCAGGAGGGAGAUGGACGGCAUCCAGUGCGAGAUCCAAGCGACCGACCCCAGUGAAAUGAGCCUCGACAUCAUAAAAAGCCGAGCUCACUAAUGAAGCACAAGUACAUAUACUCCAGCUCCACAACGUACAAUGAAUAUAUCCAUAUGAAACCCUUCCGCAAUCGACGGCUCACGCCAUGCCCAUGGAUUAAUGGGCAUGGGAUACCUCUCGCUUACAACUAUCGUUUAAAUCAUUUGUUCCAUAUGCUAUCUUUCAGUCUUGGGGAUAAGCUCUGUCGACAUUGAUGCGCAUAUGAUUUCUUAAUUCCGUUGUUUAUUUUCCA